UAGCCAUUAUCAUUGAGAUUUUUGAUCUAGUUUUUGUUUUAAGUGAGACGUUAUGUGUGAUGGUUGACUUGCUAUUUACAAAUUUUUCGGUAUUGGGGAUUGGAGAGUUUGUUCGACCUUGAAUUGUCUCAUCUUCUUUUAGCUGGGCUCUUACGUUUCCAUGGACAUAUAAGAAUAGCUCAAAGCUUGGUCAAGUUUAGUAACGCUGUUUCCUUAAAGUGAACGCUGCUUCCCGACAGCCCCCCUCUUUGUUUUAGUUCUCAAGGUUGGUUAUCUAUUGGUUUUUGGUUGAAACAUCGAAGGAUUCAGUAAGGCUUCUUGUUAAGCUUCCUCACUUUCUGUCUUUGCUGCUUUUGUGCAGAAAUCAUCCCUUUACCUUUGAACUUUCGUGCAUUGCCGAACAAUAAGAUUUAGAACUUGAGCUUUCCUCUACUGCAUCUUGUUUUUCUAUGGAUGGUUAUACUAGAAAAAAAGUAGUUGGUGGAGUUGGCUUAUCUAGAAGUUCUGGUCUUUCUCUUAGAGAUGUAAACCAUGAGGGCAGAAGUUUCCAAUGCUGCAACCGAAUAGGGUGCAGCACUAGACAAAACUCCGUCCCAAACCUCCAAAGUACUGUUCCUGAGAAACCCAAAUUCCUAAAACCUCCAAUUCGUUUUAAAAACAACAUUUCUUCAGCUGCAAGUUCUUCCAGGUCAUUUUCAUCCACCAGCAACUUCAGAAAAUAUUAUCAUGAACGGCAGAACCAAGCCGCCUCUAUGAAAGAAGCAUAUUUAGCAGAAAGCAGCUACAGGCAAGCAGAGACUGGAGAAAAUUUGAACUGGGAAUCAGGGUUUGAUGGAAGAAUUGAGACUAGAAUUUUGAAUGAUAAUGAUAGACCAAUACUCCAGCGGUUCUCUACAACUGAACUGUCAAGUACUUCCAAUGCUACAUCUGCCUCAAGAUAUGGCAAGCAAAUCAGUCGAAGGUUUGGAUCUGCUAUUCAGGACACUGCAAGUUCAUUUCUUCGUCGAUCUUCUAAGCUAAGAUGUGGCACUCAAGUGCCUAAAACUAGUCCACCAGUGGUCAAUGGUAGGCAACAAAGGUAUAGUUUGAAUAACCUAGGCUGUGCAUCGAUUUCUGAUGUUCUUCCAUCAGGUUCCUCCAAUGGAGUUAAUUCAAGAGUUAUUUCAGUCAGAAGAAAGUUACAGGAAGGAGAAGGUUCUUCAAAGACAAUUUUAGCUCAACCAGAGCGACAAGUGCCUCAAGAAGCAUCAAGACAGACAAGAAACCAUACUGGUAGGGAUAUUGCUGUCUCUGUGAGAACCCGGCAUCAUUCUUCUGGCAUACAAAAUAGAAGAAUUAGAUUGAGUGAGCCAGAAUAUGAGUCGACCAUUCAAUUGGCUGAUCCUCUUUUGUUCCCACAACCAUCCCAUGCUCCAAUAUCUGCUCCUGAAGAUGUUCAGGAGAGUUCACAAAAUUCUUCAUUUACUGGAAGAUCAGAUACAGGCAGUCGGAGCUCCCAAACAAGUUUACUUUCUGGUUCUGAAGAUAGCGAUGAUUACCGGCGCUUCAACAUUGAAGGAAUUGCAGAGAUUUUACUAGCAUUGGAAAGGAUCGAGCAAGAUGAAGAGUUGACAGAUGAGCAACUACUGGUGUUGGAAGCCAACUUAUUCUUGGGAGGUUUGAACUUCUAUGAUCAACAUAGAGAUAUGAGAUUGGAUAUAGAUAAUAUGACAUAUGAGGAGCUUUUGGCUUUAGAGGAGGAAAUGGGAACCGUGAGUACUGCCCUUUCUGAAGAGGCAAUUUCUAAAUGUCUCAAAAGAAGCAUGUACAGGUCCAACUUCACCUUUCCAAGGAUCUUUCGUCAAGGUGAUGAUCUUAAAUGCAGCAUUUGCCAGGAAGAGUACGUUAUAGGAGAGGAAGUGGGAAGCUUAUCGUGUGAGCAUCGCUUUCAUGUGGAGUGCAUUGGUCAGUGGCUCAGACUAAAGAACUGGUGCCCAAUUUGCAAAGCUGCAGCUGCAGCUGCAGCUGCUUCCUUCAAAAGCAAAUCGCAAUCCUGAAUGUUAUAUGCUACUUCAUUCAAAAUUAUUCUUCUCUUUAAACUUUUUUAUCUGUUGGUGUACAUAUAUGUCUCUGCUAACUUUCUCGCUGAAAUAAAAUUCUCAUAAGACAGUUCAAUGCUGUGUACAUUUCAACAUUGUUUGGGCAUCAGUGAAAAUGUUGAUAUGAUGUGUUCUCAUUGAAAUUAAAGCUGGUUUCUUUAA